AGUGCUUGGUGCCGCGUUUGAGUAACAGGGCCCGACUUGCUAUCUUGCAGGUGGGCUGUUAAUAGUGAACACGAUGAGUGGAGCAGAAGCAGGGAGACUCUUGACUGCCAACCUUCUUUGUGUUUUUUCGAUUGUUCUGACCGCGGUUGUUCCAUCUUUCAUCUGGGAAGGAUUCACGGUUUUGGGAACACACCUCUCGUGGCUAUGUAUUUGUUCUGUUUGUAUUAGUAUCGUUAAUAUCCUCUUGCACUUAGUCCUUAAACCAAAUCAGUCGCCUAAGAGAAGUUCAUUUGCUCACAAGAUCUCAAGAUUUCUAAAAUGCUGUGUAUACUUUUUCAUGUCUUGCAUACUGUUUCAUGUGAUUAUUGUUCUUUAUGGAGCACCUCUCAUAGAGUCAGUGACUGAGACGUUUUUGUUUGCAGUUCUCCUGUCUACCUUUACUACUUUACAGUGCCUGUGUAUGCUGGGACCAAACAUACAAGCAUGGAUACGGGUGUUCAGUAAAAAUGGAGCUACGUCCAUCUGGGAAAGCAGUCUACAGAUUACUACUGUGUGCAGUAUACUUGGGGCAUGGUUUGGAGCAUUUCCUAUUCCUCUUGACUGGGAUCGGCCAUGGCAGGAGGAGGGGUCCCCCAGGUCGAAGGUGGUCUAUUCCACUCCCCCUUCCUGUCCAGCAAGACUAUAAAGAGGAAGACACUGCGGCCAUUUGCCCUCUUUGCUCCUGCCUUGCCUGUUCAAAAGCACCAACAGCUGCUGCUGGCCUCCUGGUUCUGCCACAUGGCCAGGCCUGGUCUUCUCCCUGCUGCAUCCAGGCUUCUCUAAAGGACUGAAAUCCACACACCUCGAGAGAGAUACAAGGCAUCCAAGCUUGG